AGAGCGGCGGGGUGGUUGCUCUCGCUUCGUGGAACGCCGUCUAUAUAGAGGCGGAGACGGCGCGGCGGCACAGAGAAGGGCUCGCCGACAGCGACGACCAGAAGCCUGCUGGCCCGUGGGCGAACAGAAGCCCGGCGCUCUUGGAGGAUUGCUGCGGAGCCCUGCCCCGCCAAUAGUGGCGAUUUCACCCGCGGCAGCCGCCGUGGCACCUCCACUGGCUGAAGAGAGGUGUUGCUUUCCCCGCUCGUCCUCCCUCGCGGGUCUGGUUCGGCAGCAGCGCCUUUGCUAGGCGGCUGAGCGGCUCCGCAGGCCAGCAGCAUGGGCGUGGAGAGUCCGGGCGAGCGCACGGCUCCGGCUCGGCGGCGGCGCGGCUGCCGGCGGGUGCGGCUGCUGUGCAUGCUGGCGCUGACUUUCGGCUUCUUCGUGGUGGAGGUGGUGGUGAGCCGCUUGACGGCCUCCCUAGCCAUGCUCUCGGACUCCUUCCACAUGCUCUCGGACGUGAUGGCUCUGGUGGUGGCCCUCGUCGCCGUGCGCUUCGCCCAGCGCACCCGCGCCACCAAGAAGAACACCUUCGGUUGGGUGCGGGCCGAGGUGAUGGGCGCCCUGGUCAACGCCGUCUUCCUGACCGCGCUCUGCUUCACCAUCCUCCUGGAGGCCAUCGAGCGCUUCACCGAGCCCCAUGAGAUCGAGCAGCCUUUAGUGGUCAUCGGCGUCGGGGCCGCCGGGCUGCUCAUCAACGUGCUGGGGCUCUGCCUCUUCCACCAGCACGGCACCGGCGGCCACGGCCACUCGCAUGGCGGGAACGGAGGGGGAAGCCACCGCCGGAGCGGCUUCCGAGGCAAGGCGGAGCCGCCUCUCGGCGACCUACAUAAAGAAGAGGAGACCAACACCCUGGUGGACAAUUUCAGCAGCUCCAAUGGAGUCAGCCUGGAGAAGCUGGGUGAUGCGGUAAAAGAGAGCCAAAUGGAAUUGCAACCAAAUGGAAAUAUUAGCGGUCACUCCUCUAUAGAUAUGGAGGUUGAAGAAGACGCCAGUGCUCAGCUCAAUAUGCGUGGAGUGUUCCUUCAUGUUCUUGGAGAUGCCUUGGGUUCAGUUAUUGUAGUAGUGAAUGCCCUAGUAUUUUACUCUUACUGGAUUCCAUGCCCGGAGGUUGGGGAUUGCAUCAAUCUUUGUGUUAAUGACAAUUGUAAAAACUUCACUCAAUUUUCUCCACUUGAACUAGAACAAAUUCCUGUAGCUGGUCCUUGCUGGGUUCUGUAUUUAGAUCCUGCACUGUGUCUGAUCAUGGUUUGCAUUCUACUCUAUACUACUUAUCCUCUGCUUAAAGAAUCUGCCCUUAUUCUUUUGCAAACUGUUCCUAAGCAAAUUGAUAUUCGCUCUUUAAAUGAGAAACUACGUAAACUGGAAGAAGUAGAAGCUGUCCAUGAAUUGCAUGUUUGGCAGCUGGCAGGAAGCAGAAUAAUUGGCACUGCUCAUAUAAAAUGUAAGGAUCCAGAAUCAUACAUGAAAGUGGCAAAAGAUAUUAAGGAGAUUUUUCAUGAUGAAGGGAUACAUGCAACAACCAUUCAGCCUGAGUUUGCCAUUGUAAGCUCUGAUGAUGGUGUAAGUAAAUGUGAACUUCCCUGCAGAACCCAAUGUGCUCUGAAGCAGUGUUGUGGGACUGUGGAAAAGGCCACUGCAAAGAAGAUAGAAAAGUCCCCUUCAGUUAGUAUUUCCUGCUCUGAAAUAGUUAUUGACUCUCCACAACAGAAAACCCGGAGGACUAAAUCAGAAUGUAUACCUGCUGUAAAAUUAGAAGCGGAGCCUAAUCCCAGCAAACAGUUUGAAUCAUCUUUGUAAUUCCCAAAGUUAUGCUGAAUGAAGUAUGGAUUCAACUACAAAUUGGUUGCAAGAAAGACUACUAUUAAAAAGAGAAGUUGCAAAGAAAUGUAGUUGUUGAAGUUCCUGUCCUUGUCACAACAGUGAAAUCCUGUUGAAAAGAACAUGCCAUCCUGACACAACAUAUAUUUGUGUUAACUUGAGGCUAAAUAGCACAACAAUUAUGCAGAGCCAGUUUCAACUUUCUGCCUGAUGCAUUUUUGUUGAAUUAAAAAUUAAAAUGAUUCUUCAAUAAUCCCCUUUUCCCUGAAAUUAGUUUGUAUUAAGCUUCUUAUUGGGAUCGUGCUUUCUGCUUCUUGAUUUGUGUGUGUGCUACCUUUUUAAAAAUUACAACUAAAGGGAGAGGACACCAAACUUGACAGAAUCAUUUUAAAAAGUUCACUGCUUGGGAAGUGGUUAGAUUUCCUACUAGGUGAAAAUGAACGCUAUUUUAAAUAAACAUACUACGUAGCAUUAAUAAUGGCAUUUUAAAACAUAUCCAUUGUCAUUGACAGAUCCGAUUUUUGUACUGAGCCUGUGACAUAACGAAAAUCAGUUGCUUACUAAAUAGGAAUUGGAAAAUUCCCACCUGGAUUGUAAAAUUAACUGUUUAGACAAAAACAGGAUAUACUUCUUUUCUCCUUACCUUUUUUCUUUAUUAUAUAGAUCUUAGAAUUUAAACUCUAUAAUAGAGUUUGCUGGGACUAGAGAGCCAGAGCUGGUCUCUGUCUUAGCAGUGUUAUCUGUGUUGUACCAAAAUAGAGAUACUGCAUCUGACCUAUAAUUAUUAAAAAAAAGGGAAAAAACAUAACAGAUCAAAUUCAUCAGCAUAUAUUGCUAAAACUUUAAUAUAUUUCUUACUUUUGUAAAAGUAUUUAUGACUUUACUGAGCCAUUUAUUUUUUGUUGGAUAAAAUUACUUCGCUGAAAUACUCAAUUCUUAGUGAACUCUAGGCAGCGGCCUAUGGAACAAGAUUGCUGCCUGCAGCACUGGUUCAGAUAUCAUGAUAAACUUUAUUUGUGCAACAGGAAUGAAUUGCAGCGAGCUUUGAGCUGAUGGGCACACCCAUUUCUCUCCAGCACAUCCAUAAGGACUAGUGAUGAGAAGUUUCUGCUUAUUACCUUCAGUUUAGUGUCCUAGCCAAAUCCUAAACCAUUGUCUUAAUCCCUAGUUUGAAGUUGUCUUUUUUCAAAUACAUUCAAGGCACAAGAUUGAACUGGCUGAAAUUGUUACAGAGAAAUAUGGUUACUGUUAGCCACAGUUUGUCAGGUUUGGGAAAGCCAAAAAGUGAUUUAUCAAAAAAGAAGUAAAUGCUUCUGGUUUUCUUUUGGCCAUAUAGAAGAGGGAACUGGAAGGCAUGUGAGCCAAAGUCUUAGUGCAGUUUAUUCCAAUUGUAGUAAACUCAUCUUCCCCAACUGUAUUCCAGAUGAUUUGGACCAUCAUCUACAGCACUAUGCCCAAUAGUUAGGAGUGAUGAGGUAAGUUAGUCCAAAACAUUUGGAAGGCAGUAAGUUGCUGAACACUGUUAUAAAUGAUGGUUAUUGUGAUGUCUGAACUGCCUUCAGUCACUACUCUUACCUGUGACACUUUGCAUAGUCAAUUCCUGCCUAAGUCAAUCUUGUAUCCUCUGGAAGGUUUUAAAGGCAAUUCCACAAAGUACUUCUUAAAAUGAAGUAGAGGAAAGCUGCUCAAUUCUGUUAGUUACUUGUGCAUGGAUUUAUAGACCUACUCUAGCUUAAAACAUUAUGGUUCCGCUGGUUACAAGUUUUAAACUGCACAGCCAGCUUUUUUUUUCACUUCCAGAUGAUUAAAAAUAGGGCUGAUUACAAAUUCUGAGUUGACAUUAAUGUCAAUACUGAAGCAUUUUUUAGAGCUGUUAACUGGAUUGUUUUCCAAUAGUGUAAAGAUUGUAAAAUGCAUAGAGAAAAGACACUGCAAGGAAUGAAGGCAGGUGAAGUGAGUGUCACAGCCCUCCUUUAUUUUACAUAAUAAAACUAUUCCACAGUUAACAUUAUGGUGUGUUAUAACAUUUUACUUCUAAAAUGAUCAAGUACAUUAGCAAAGCAUUUGUGUUUCUUUUGUUUAAUGGCCACCUGUUAAUACUCAUAAUUUGUUUCCCAUACAUCAUUCCAAGCAUGAAAUAAUUGUGUGAUAUAAUUCUCAUGUUGCUAGUCUAAUUGAAAAAAAAAAUCAGUUUUGAAAAUCACCUACAUUUUUCUAUUGUAUGGACAAUGCAAUAUUGACAGAGCCAGAACUCUGGAAAUGUGCAAGCAUGUAUGUAUGAACAGACACAAAAAAGCUAAAUAAUAUAAAAUACUAUAAAUUAGAAGUCUGCAGCUAAAGCUUUCUAAUUUUUGAAUGCUUUGAAGUUUGGACUCAUUAAAAAAACUGCAAGCCUUUUUAAUUUCUUAGCAUGAACUGACUGAUUUUAUUUAGGUUAGUUUGUAUACACAGUGGAAUAUACAGUAAUAGGCUGUUUCCAAUUUUUAUUCUUUCAAAAGAAACUUUGCUGCAUCGUCUUACUAAACACGAAGUUUAGCUUUCAUUUUGAGUAUGUAAUGCAGUGAUUAAAUAGGAAAGCAUCUUACAUGUUUGUCAGGUUUGGUCCUGCUUUUUAUUAUACAACAGCUUGUUUUUGUGGCAGAAUACGUUGUAUCAUUCCUAUUUUAACACGUAAUGUUUCAGGAAUAUUAGCUAGGUCAUUUCCUAGUUAUAUUUGAAAUAAAAUUGAACACCUUGAAUAUCUUCAACCGCAGGAAGCUUUUUUUUUCUUUUUGUAUUUGAUUAUAUUGAAUAUUGAAGCCAAUUUUGCAAGCUUUUUUUCUUCUGAGCGGCACUGUAUGGGGGGGGAUGCUUCAGUUACAGACAGACCAGUGGUAGUGGACACAUUCUGCUCAGUAUAUGGUUUUGUGAUAAAUUUACCUAUCCUUCAGUGAGUAUGAGAUGGCUAUGUGAAUCUGUUUUGCUGCAAUUUCACAUGGUUUUUUUCUCCAGAAGUUAUAGUGUAUAUAUCCAUCAUGUGCAGUAUGUGUUCCAUCACAAAUGCACAGUUGAGUGAGUGCUGUGUCACUGUAUGAUAGGUAACGUAAAGGUACUCAAAUGGUGGUAAAUGACCGGACUAUCUGUUGCUACUUAAGUGUUUGAAGGAGUGGCCUGUAAAAGAAAGAUAGGCCUUUCCAAAGAGGACCGUGUGUUACCAAAAGUUUGGCAGAAUGCUUCAAAACUACUUGAAAGAAGUACUGCUCCAGAUGUCUUUGUUAAGGUUUGCCUUUCUUUCAGCUGUGGCACUCCUGCUGUAUGUAAAGCAGUUUGCAGCUGGGGCCUGUAUCGGAGAGAACCGAGGUACUGAGCCCAUUGAGUUAAUGGGAAACCAUUGGGGGUAAAAUGCACUUUCUGGCACUUCUCCUUGAUGGGGGAAAUCAUUCUAACUCUGCAUCUCCUCUUUUUGAUUUUUUAAAGUUUAUGAAACUUGUAGUGCAUAUGUAAGGAUAUUAAGUACAAUAUUUAAAUAUGCUGCUUUAAUUUCGCAACAGCAUCAAUGUAGCAUUUUUGGGACUCUGGCUUAUGUUUACAGAACAAGUACUGAAUAUUAUAAUGUAGUUUGUUUCUAUCUUACACCAUCUCAUUGCCUCUUGGUGGAUUGAACGGCACUAAUAAUUCAUGUGCCUGAAAUAAGGUAUUUGAUUAUGUUCUCCUUCUGUGUUAAACCAAAUGUAGCCUUACUGAUAACAGGAGCUUUCAUUCAUUUGUAUGAUCUUGGGUUAUGUCAUUAAACUGCUUGUGUGAAGAUCA